CGGUGAUUGGCCUCCGGAGGCGGAGGCUGGAAGCCCUUCCAGGGCUCGGACCGGCUGCCGCUGGACCCGGGUCCGGGCCCCUGUGCCCCCGCCGGUCCCCUGGCCCUCGGUCUGGGCCGCGAGGUGGCGGCAGCGCCGGAGCUGAGGGUGAGGCGCGUGGCGUGGCGUGGCCUCUCAGAUGUCGGAUUUGCUCCGAGUUGGACCGCUCGCCCACCGACUGUCCGAUCUCGGCCUACGUGGCGCCGGGUCAGCGGCGAGGAUCGGUGCCGCUGGCCUGUGGCCCGGGUCCGAGACCGGGCGAACGGGUGACGGGCUGUCUCCACGUGAGCCCCGCAGCCUGGGCUCCCGUCCCUCCGUCGCCCGCCUGGAGCGGCGCGCGGGGCACCGCAGCUUCGGUCCGCAGAGGCCAGCACCUGAGGACCCGGAGGGCCUCCGCGCAGGUUGGGUGGGCCCAGAGCUGUGUUGCUGCACACACGUCCGCGUCUGCAGACAGAAGUGGCUUGAGAACAGACCCACCCUGGAGCAAGAUUCCCGUCCCCGAUGUGAGGUGGCGCGCAGACUACAGAGAAGGCGGGGUCCGUGCCCAGAGGUCAGACCGGGAUGGCCUCACUCCAGCAGCCACAUCAGCCGUGGACACUUGCCACAGCAAACAUUCUCCUCCAGCCACGAUGGGCACUGCUGCUAUGGCCUGAUCCCUGGAGUUCAAACAGCAUCUGUGGAGUUCCUGUAGGAGCUCUUUGGAGAGGUUCGCAAGGGAACAUCCCCUGGAUGGGGGACACGGAGGAGGAUCGAGAGGUGACCAAACAAACAGGCUACUGGAGUCUACACUCCCAAGAAGCUUGGUUUCCAAGGAACCCAGACAUGGGCAUUGGAAGCACAGGUGGGUGCACUCCGGGUGUGCCCU